AUGCUCGUGGUUUGGUGCUUGAUUUCUGACAGAACAAAGCUCGUGUUAGACGGAUAACAAACAAAAAUAAAAAAAGAUAAUUUGCAUAUUAUAGUAAUAUGUUAAACCUACAGUGUAUUAGAAAAAAACUUCUGCUCUCAGCUCUAAUUGCGCUUGCCAGCGCACGUCCUGAAGCUGGUUACAGCUACAGCCCCCCUAGCACUUCGUACGGAACGCCAUCAGGAGGUGGUGGAGGUGGAUUCUCUAGUUCGGGAGGUGGAUACUCCGGUGGAGGUGGUGGAUUUGGCGGAGGCGGAGGCGGAGGUGGAGGAUUUGGUGGAGGUUUCGGAGGUGGCGCCGGAGGCGGAUUUGGCGGAGGCGCUGGAGGUGGAUUCGGCGGAGGAGCAGGAGGUGGAUUCGGAGGAGGCGCUGGAGGUGGUUUCGGAGGCGGCGGAGGUGGAGGCGGCGGAUUCGGAGGCGGAUUCGGAGCCGGUGGCGGCGGUGGUACCACCAUUCAGAAGCAUAUUUACGUUCACGUACCCCCACCAGAACCAGAAGACUUCAGACCACCCAAGACCAUUCCUGUAGCCCAGGCCCAGAAGCACUACAAAAUCAUCUUCAUUAAGGCACCAAGUGCACCAACACCAACUGCUCCAGUCAUCCCAGUGCAACCACAGAACGAAGAAAAGACCUUGGUCUACGUUUUGGUGAAGAGGCCAGAAGAAGCACCAGAAAUCAACAUCCCAACCCCAGCUCCCACUCAACCAAGCAAACCAGAAGUUUACUUCAUCAGAUACAAGACCCAGAAAACCGCCGUUGGUGGUGGUGGUGGAUUCGGAGGUGGCGCUGGAGGUGGAUUUGGAGGUGGAGCCGGUGGUGGAUUUGGCGGAGGAGCCGGAGGUGGCGGUGGAUUUGGAGGUGGCAUUGGCGGAGGUGACGGAAUUGGAGGAGGCCAUGGAGGUGGCAUUGGAGGUGGCAUCGGAGGAGGAAUUGGUGGAGGCAGUGGCGGCGGUGUAUCCUCCAGCUACGGCCCACCCGGAAAAUCCGGUGGCUAUUAAACCCCAUCAACGCAAACGUGACCUUGGGUGCGCGGUGUGGCGGGCGCCCCUGACUUAUCGGUCUCUUCACCCCCUCCCCACACAAAUCGUACGCAUCACUCAUCGUUCAUUAUGACCCGUAGGAGAUACAGGGACCCCAUGGGAGCGCCCCCGUACCCCCAACCCCCCAUUUUUUAGUCAAUAGUGAGCCUUUAAGUAUUUUUUCUCAUUUUUUUGCUUGAUUUUUUCCGGCGUGGAAAUUAUUCGGCAACCGCUACGCCACUGGAGCUUCAGCCACCCCACUUCGCGUUUUUAAGACUUCGAUUGGUCGCCGUAUGCCCGUAUUUUCCCUUUGCGAGGGAGGGAUCGGCUGGGGCAGUGGCGUAUCGUGGAUUUUGUACAUAUUAUUAUAAUUAUUCGUGCAGUGUGUAUUUUAUUGUGUAUAUUUUAUA